UCCCAGUUUCGUUCCAAUCAAGAAGGGUUGCUUUUCCUUGAAUAAUGCCACUUGCAUCGGAAAAAGUCAACAAAAACAAAAUACUAAUAAUUUCGGAAAUAUUAAUCAUCUUUAAUAUUUAUUUCCAAUAUAUCGGUGUCCUUUUGGUUCAUCAUAGUGGAAGUUGCAUGAAAUCAAGAAUUCAGGACUGAAAUAUAAGACUGAAAUCGUGUGUAGUCAUUUAUUUUAAAACUGUGUUUAAUCGCUAAUUCCUACGUCUUCUGAAACCUGGUACUCAAGCAUCAAAUAAGACGAUAAGUAAAUAACAAAGCGACAGCAUUAGAUUUAACACAGUGUAAAGAAAUGGAAACAAAAGUAGAUCCUCUUCGCCAGCAUAUUUUGGAGGCAGUCGAAUGUCUUCGACAAAGAAAAUGUCGCCCUGAUCGAGAGUCCAUUACCCAUUAUGUUCUCAGAAAAUUUGGAAGCAACAUCAAUGAGAUCAACAAUGAACUCGAAAAUUGUGUGGACAUAAACAUUUUAAUUAAAGUCGAAUACAAAGGAACAACCUCAUACCGAAGCCCUCACAGUUUUGAUACUAAAAAUUCACCCCUGUUAACCAAGCAUUCAAAAAUUUUGAAUUCGUCGAGAACAACUCGGUUAAUUCUAACGGGUAUUAAUGAGCUUUUGGUAAAAGACCCCAACUACACAACGUCGGGUGUACCUUUCGGGGAAUUGAGACAUAAGCUUGUGGAAUUGGACGGCGUUCGAUUCACCGAUGAAUCCAUGAGCGUUGCUUUGGAACGAGAAAUUAGCUGUGGAGGAAUUAACAUGGCUAAGUCGGAUUAUUUGACAGAGUCAUUACGUAUAUUUCCAAAGGAUUUGCCUGUCCCUUCAGACAUGCACCUGGUCAUUAGUCUCAACCCUGACGACUCUGUUGAAAUCGAAAGAGAAAAGAAACUAAAGAAACCUCGUAAAAUGAAUCUUGAAGGGACCGAAGGUGGGACGACGAUAAAAAGACCUCGAAAAUCUACGUCGAAACAACCAGAAGUUGAGCAACAAGAAGGCGAGAUUGAUGACCAAAUACCAGGGGAUAAUUCUGAGCUUGUGGGACUUAGUGAAGAUGGAGAGGAGGAACAUGAAGGUGGAGAAAUGAACCCUCCUGCUCCUCGGAACGAUUUUCCAAAAUUGGUUCCUGUGGGAAGAAAAAUUGUCGCAGAGAAGGUUGCUGAACAAAUAAGGAAAAGUUAUGAGAGCACGACUGAAUUUGAAACGACAUCUCAAAUGAUGAUUAAAUUAGCUGAAGCCGUUGUUAGUAAGCAGGUUGAAACUACUGCAGUAUCAGAACAGCACGCAAAAGGGCCUUCACUUGUCCUCGCUAGCAGCAUUGUCAACCAUUCCAGUGACGAUGACAUGAAAAAAGAGACUGAGGAGGACAACCUAACGCAAUCCAAUGGUGAGGCUGAGAAAUUGAUGGAAAUCAGUACUAAUAUGUCCGAUGAAGAAACCAAUACCGCUGGGGGGGCAAAGAAGAAAAGAGGACGCACAUCUGCGAAACAAAAUAAUAAUAAAAUGCCAGUUUCUGCAACUGCUGUUACUCCUCCCUCGAGAAAAGGCAAAUCCGAAAACAGCGAAACCACGCCAAAAUCAAAAGUUGCUGAAAAACCAACUCCAAUAAUGACAUCACCACCACCACAACAACAGGGACUCACUCGAAGCAAGAGGGAUAAGCGCAAGAAGCAAGUUUUCGAUCCUUCUGAUCUCCCAAAUACAUAUUCCAGAACUGCAAACAAACCGACUCGGUUGUCAGAUACUACAUUAUUAACGAAAAAGCCAGAAGCAUGUUCUUCUGUUUCGAAUAAAAGGAAAAGGAAAAGUGUACCUGCAAUUGUAGAUGAAUUACCACCACCACCUACCACGAAGAAAGCAAGCGUUAGCAAAGGUUUAAGACGAAAGGCUGAGUCGUCGAACAUCGUUAUUAACUCGACAAACAAAACUAAAUUGGAGUCUUCUGACGGUUCAAACGAAAUGGAAAUAAUCGAGGAACAACACAGCAAUAAAAACAAUACGGAAAUCUCAUUAUCGAAAUCGUCCCCAAUCGACGUUAAAAUUGAACAUGCAAUAUUAGUUUGUUCUUAUUGUCAGACUUCCCAGAAAAUUGAUACAGCAACAGACGUGGAGGAUGACUUUCUCUCGUGUUCCUCAUGUAAUUCGCACUUUCAUCCUACAUGUAUGGACUACUCACCAGAAUUGACGAAUCGAAUUAAGGAAUUUAUUACAUUGAGAAAUAUGAAUUGGUCCUGCAUUCAGUGCAAGUUGUGCAAAAUUUGUAAUGCCAAGGUUAUGGAACGCCCUAAUUCAGAAUUGCAACCAGUUCAGGGAGCGACGAAAGAAGUGAAAACUUAUUCAAGCACUGCUCUCGAAGUUAUCCUUCCACGUGAAAUCCUUCUUUGUGAAAAUUGUGAUGCCGGAUUUCAUGCAAAAUGUAAUGGAGAAAUUAUAUCAAGAGAGUCAGAGAGUGCGUGGGUUUGUUCCGCCUGUAUAGCAGAGAAACAUCAAAGUUUGCCAGAUCCACCAGCCCCUGACCUCACUUCUCCUGCUAGUAAAACUGGUCGUAAUAAUCGGAAGUCUCCAGAAGUUAAGAAAGUCGUCAAAUCAGAACCAUCAUCGAUAGUUCCAGAUCACCCAAGCUCAUCAACAUCUUCUGCUAAUGUAUCCAACUCUUUUCCUGACGAUUUGCGACUUUGGUCAAAGGAAGAAGUCGAAAGAUACUUUAUUCACAAAGGAUUGAAAGAAGAAGCAUCAAAUCUCUUACAUCUGGAAGUGGAUGGAUACGCUUUACUGUUGUUACAACGUGAAGAUAUUGUUAGUGGAAUGGGCUUUCGUUUGGGUCCUGCACUGAAAGUGUAUCGCUUAAUAAACGAACUUCAAUUGAAAGCUCCUAUGCAACCCCAUUGUACAUGGCCCGAACUGGAAGGUGAAAAAGCCGAUUAAGUGAUAUAUCAGUAAUGGUAUUCAUUUACUUUUCGGUAUUCAUGAUGAAGCGUGAUCCAUAUUGUCAUCAUGCUUGUUUGUCCAGUUAUUUUGAAGACUUACUGGUGAAAACUAAACCUCGUAUAAUUAUAUUUGAUAUAUAUUGCAUUCAAUGUAUCCAACUACAUUUUUUAAAUCAUGUCAAAUUCAAUUCCUAUCCUUUCCUUUCGUUAACAAAUUAUGGAAAUUGUUUUUGUUGCUCCGCUCGAGUAAUACUAUAUGAACGUUACUACACGUUAUUAUGUAGAUUUUAUACUUAUUAGAACUAACUGUUCAAGCUCUAGUAAAUCAUUUUAAGUAA